AUGGAGGGCUUCGAUACCAUGGCCAUGCCGCCCUAUCUGGCCAGUCCGCUGUCUCUUGGCAAUCUUCAGGGCGACUAUCUCAAUGCCAUGCCUGGCCUCGACAUGACCGAUCACCGGUCCAACUUUGAUUCAGACACCUUUGUCAGUGAGGACCUCACCUUUACUCAAAGUAGUCUGCCGCACUCGUUGAAACGAUAUCCCUCGGGCUACGAUGACCCUUUUACCGACAUGGUCGCUCCGUUUGACCCGGUGCCGCCAGAGCAGCCCCAGGACUCGUCGAUCGAUCACAACAAUAAGCUGCUGAGUUUCUCGUUACCCGCUUAUCCCUUCACCCUUUUGGACUAUUCCAUGCGACGCACUUCCCUGUCCGUGUCCGCGCAAUUACACGGCAUGUUUUUCCUGGCCGAAUCGCCAUAUACGACAUCGCCUUCCGAAAAUGCUCCCCCUCAGCAGGGUGCCGAGUUGACCUGUUAUCGUCGCAACUUGUUCCAGAUCACCGGCUCCGUCACUUUGCCCCGAGGCAUGCGGUAUAUCAUGACCGAUCAGGGCGAUCGAAUUCCCAUUCUGGCUCAAGAACUCACCGUGUCGGCUACCGAAUCAGUCGAGGGUAACCCUGUGAAGAUCAUCUCCGUGCCGUGGAAGACGCCCUCGGCAGCCGCGGCCAACUCCGGUACAGCUCUCGAGGAAAGCGGCGCGGGCAGCGCGGCCAAGGUCGAGAAGGAACCUCCGCCCAUUCCCCUGGAUAUCAUGGCCGGUCAAGAUCUGGACACCGACUACGCAACAUUUCCCAUUGCAUGGAAACGUCUGCAGUUCCGAGUAGCAACCGCGAACAACGGACGCCGAAAGGAGCUACAGCAGCAUUUUGUCGUGAGGCUCAAGGUCGUGGCAACCCUGUCCACCGGUGCCAAAAUCGCCAUCUCAGAGGUACAUUCGGGGCCGGUCAUCGUUCGUGGCCGCAGCCCACGUAACUUCCAGUCUCGCAAGGAUCUCCCGCUCAGCGGUAGCGCGGCCGCAUCACGGAAGAACCAGGCCAACUCGGCGGCCGCACUGAACCGUACACCGACCAAUGAGUCCGCACCCCGUCGUGCCAGCGUGACCCCAGCCAAGACCAAGGUGCCCUCCGGGACAGUACAGAGCAGCUCGCCCGAGAUGACGUCCGUUCCUCCCCCGACGCUCAUGCAACAGCCGCAUGCGACGCCAGACUGGACCACGAUCCCUCAAUCCACGCCCAACAUCAUGUCCCAUGGUCACCAGUCUCUCUUCCCUCACUCCAGUCCCGAACAACUCUCCCAGGUGGACCAGCACCGCCGCGUCAGUAGUAUAGCCUCGGCCGCCGCGCCGAUUAAUUUGUCUCUGCUAGACGAGGAAGAUCCUGGGGACGCAGGCCUGCACCUUGACCAGAAGAUCAUGCCACCCUACCCGAGUGAAAUGCCCCAGCACCGUUCCAUCAGCAUGGAUCAAACGGCACCACCGAUCAAGAUGCGCAAGCUAUCCCAUGCGGUUUCCCAAACCCCAUCUCGAAGCGCUACUUCAUCACUGCCGCUACUGGAAACCGCCCAUCUGCCCCAGCAAUUCUACUUUCCUCUCGGCCUGGACGACUGGCAGACCCCCGUCGACGCCGUUUACAGGCCCCAUGUGGUCCACCAUACGAACAUGCCCGAGAUGAAGUUUGUUGCCUCAAGGGGCCGCAGCAAGCGGUAUUUCGCCGCCGAGGAUGUCUUCUAA